UGGAUGUGACUUUGACGAAAUGUAUCCAUUACAUUGCCAAUACUUGUUGGACCGUCGGAGUCUACGUAAGAACAUGACGCUGUGGAUUGUGGGGAAAGAAAGGAACCCACCUCCACGCGCAUCAAUAUGAGAAAACGUGCCCGCCCACGUACAGUACGGGCAGUUACGCUACAAUUAUGUUUAUAUCCUCGUUGAUGGCUAACGUUAGCAUGUCGCCAGUAAUAUUACACCAGUCAACGAAUGUGAAGUAAGAUCUAUUAGUAAGCGAAAGCAACUAACGUUAGAGGGAAACGUACAGACAACUACACUUUCAGCUAUCUUCAGUCAGACCCAGAAGGAAAUGUUCGCUGUUUACUGCUAUUUUUCCAGUUGUGUCAAGAUGCUGUAACGUUUAGCUAACGUUAACUGGCCAAAGCAAAAACGUGGAAAAGAAUUUGUCCUGAAACACCAUGAAGUAGCCUGCAGAGGCCUUCACGCGAGACCGCGUCGGAUCGUUCACGGCUGUCACUCGAACCCGGACCAGUUUCUCCCGGGGCGGUGUUACUGAGCCGAGCCCCGCCCGCCCCCCCCCCCGGCCCGCGGCCGCACCCGAUGUGCUUGCCCGGGGGCUGUGAGGACCCGGGGAGUUCCCUGCGUUCCGUCGCCCCCCCGCGCGCCCCCUCGCCGGCGCACAGAUGAAGGAGGUGGCGCAGUGGACGGCGGAGGAGGUGGCGCACUGGCUGGCGGAGCAGGGCAUGCAGGAGUACAGCGGCCCCAGGGCCCGCAUGUCCGGCCGCCAGCUCCUGGGCCUGGGCCCCGCCGACUUCCUGCGGCCCCCGCUGUCCCUGCUGUCCUCGGACGGGGGCCGGCAGCUGCUGGAGCGGGUGGAGACGCUGCGGGUGGAGGGCCACAUGGAGGCGCACAAGAACGGGCAUGCCGCCAACGGGCACGCGCCCAACGGCGUCCGGCGGGACAUGGUGCGCAUCGCCGUGCCCGAGCCCCCCCCGCCCCCCUACCCCACCGAGUGGGCCAAGACCGGCGCCGCCUUCGCCUACGCCCUCUGCUGCUUCGUCUCCACCACCAUCGUCAUCUCCGUGGUGCACGAGCGCGUGCCCGACAAGGAGGCCUCGCCGCCGCUGCCCGACAAGUUCUUCGACGUCUUCAACCGGGUGGAGUGGGCCUUCUCCAUCUGCGAGAUCAACGGCAUGCUGCUGGUCAGCCUGUGGCUGCUGCAGUGGAUUCUGCUCAAGUACAGGUCUAUCAUUGGGCGAAGGUUUUUCUUCAUCGUGGGGACGCUCUACCUGUACAGGUGUGUCACCAUGUACAUCACAACCCUCCCUGUACCCGGAAUGCACUUCAAGUGCUCUCCAAAGCUUUUUGGGGACUGGGAGGCGCAGAUGCGCCGGGUGGUGAAGAUGAUCGCUGGAGGAGGCCUGUCGAUCACCGGCUCCCACAGCAUGUGUGGGGACUACCUGUACAGCGGCCACACCGUGAUGCUAACGCUCACUUACCUCUUUAUCAAAGAGUAUUCUCCGAAGCGAUUCUGGCUGUACCACUGGUUCUGCUGGACGUUGAGCGCGGUGGGAAUCUUCUGCAUCCUGCUGGCCCACGACCACUACACUGUGGACGUGGUGGUGGCCUACUACAUCACUACCCGGCUGUUCUGGUGGUACCACACCUUGGCCAACCAGCAGGUGCUGAAGGAGAAGUCUCAGACAAACCCGGUCUCCAGGGUGUGGUGGUACAGGCUGUUCCAGUACUUCGAGGAGAACGUGCAGGGCGUGGUGCCUCGGAACUUCCAGCUGCCGUUCUCCUGGCGCGCGGUGCCGGGGAGCAGGCUGGGAUUCGUCAGGAUGGACUCCUCGGAGUGACUGGGAAAAAACGGGAAAAAACGAGAAAGCGUUCCCCAGGAGCCAUGUGACCCGGCCACGUCUUAAAGCUCCUCCCUCUUCUUUUUUCGGGCACGUCCCCGUUAUGGCUGGUCUUCACUGUGACUUCUGUUUUCUGAAACAUUUCAUUUUUUCUCGGUUUGUUUGACCAUCGGAAAGUGCUUCACGGUUCACCCUGCGAGCAUUUCAACUUUUUCCACCCAAGUAAGAUUUGUUGCCUCCGAAAUGUCUGGAUUUACAAAAAGGUGUUUUCUGUGGACUCGUGACUCCCUGUUCAUGUGAAAAUGUCUCAUUUUGGUCGCAUUGUUAAAAUGAUUAUGACCAGUCCAGAGCAGUUUUAAAUGCAGAAAGUGUUUUUCCCCCAGUUUUAAUGGUCAUCAUUUUUAUAACUUCUCACUGAACAUGGCAGAGGAGCAAAAAGAUUUUUCUAAGUAUUUCACAGGUUUAUUUUUCAAGCGAAUGAUGAUCAAGAAGAACCUUUUAGAUUUUUACAUUUUGAAAAGAAAGAAAACAGAAAAUCAAAACAAGUUUUGGUUUUUUCCAGUGCCUUCCUGGUCUUGGACAGUGUGUACGUGUCUGUAGGUGUUCAUUUGUAUUCUUCUUGUAUUUUAAUUGCAAUGCAAAAGUGCAUCUUGAUCAUGGCUUGAACAGAUCAAAGUGAAAGCAGUCUCGUGAAGCAGAUUUCAGGUUGUGUCAACCAACGUUCUUUCUGUCCAUGUUUUUGAAUGUACGUGUUGUUGGCCUUACUAGGUGUUGGCCUUCUCAAGGCACAAACCUAGGAAAAUCUAAUCAUUUGUGCAUUAUUUUGUCCAUUACAUGUAUUUAUUGUAGCAUUUACCGGAACGAUAUCCCAAUUAUGAGAUGUAAUGGCAUAUGGUAAGUAGCUGUGUUUUGGCGUUGCCGGAUCAGUGCGGCACACGGUGGAUCAGCUGACGGCACCAUUGUGAGGUCACAGAGCGAUAGUGCAAAGGUUAAGAUGUCCACCCUGCCAUUUUUUGACAGAAAACGGAAAGCUACACCAAACUUGGAGUAUCUCCAUAACAACGCCAACGGUGAUUGGUAGAUAUUUUCUGACUAUGCUUCCACGCUAUUUGCCAUUAAAGUAGUAUCCACCAGUCGGCAUUGGUCUACUGGCUAUUGCCAAGGAACUCUGUGAUUGGUGGAGCUCCUCCCUGAUUUCUACCAGUAAGGUGACAUCACCGGCUGUCUUCUCUGUUUUAUUGUCCCUGGAUCACGGUGGUGGUCUCUCUCGUUUCCUGUCAUGGAGUUUGACCCUCUGCUCCCCUCGAGUGUCAUACCUCGAGACCCCUGUGGGUCUUGUGGAUGACUGUUUCUGCAUCGGCGUUGUCGCCGGUUUUUCAGGAUGUGCGCAGGCAACCGUUUCAUCUGGAGGUGGCCCCCGUUAGCCGCCGAGGUGCAGUGGUGGGGUGGGGGUUGCACGCCGCCAUCGUAACAGUCUUGGAAUGUGACCCCCCUUUUUUGACCGUCUUGGUCAGACCACUCCUGUCUGUCUGUCGCACUGCUCGUAGACAGUUUUAUGACACAGAGCGUUAGUAAACCCACCCACCUAACCAUCAUCUCCCCCCCCCCCUCCACCGUGGAGUAACCUCACCCCGCACAGUGUCCCACUCAUGUACUCCCUGAAGAGAACACACUUAUUUGAGAUUUAUUUUAAUGGUGCCAGCAGUCAUGGUCCCUAAAUCUUAAUCAACACUAUGAUAGCGAGUAAGAGCUCAGCCAAACUGACGUCUGUUCAGCAGGACUUUACAUUUGGUCACCAUGACUACAUUACUGUACUUACCGAGUGCAAUUGGCCAGGGCAAUCAUGAAAUAAAACCAACAGAUUUUCCAACUCUAGACAGUUUACAUAGCUACAUUACUGCUGCUUUUAUUGGCUGUUUGUUACUGUGGUCUUAAAAAAAAAACACUAUUAUUGACAAAGUAGUUCUGCUGUUGUCACAGUGUUGUCCAAAGAAAAGCAAUACAGAAAUGUACUUGUAACAAGAAUGAUAAAUUGUACAAUUUGGCACACAACCAUAAAAUCAACCUGUGUAUCUUAAUGUGUCAUUGGAUAAUUAUAUCACAAGGCAUAACCAAAUAUUAUAAUAAAUGCUUUGAAGCAAUGAACCACUGAAUUUUGUGGAAUGGUUAAGUCUUUUCAAAAACGUUUUUGUGAUUUGAGAGUAGGGUGCCUGUGGGGUUUGGAUACAGGAGCAGAGAACCAUUUCAAUCUUCGAGUUUAGUUAAUAUUGUUAAUUUGAUGCAUGAAGGUUUACAUGUUUUGAUCUUGCCAAUGAUAUAACUUAAGGCUGUCCAUUAUUGCCAAUUUAUCUAUGUAUGAAAAGUUUGUUUUCAAUUAUGGAAGUAUUUAUAAUUGUUUUUUUAUGUAAAUCAAUGUUCCAUUUCUUGUAGAUUUUUUUUGUGUGUGCGCGCACACACCAGGUGAUAUUUGUACGGUAAAUAUAUGGGAUGAAUAGGGGCGAGAUUGAGAGGCUUUUGAAUAAAGCGUUUUUAUUAUUCCA